GCCAAUGUAGAAAUUGUUGACUAAAUGUUGAUGUUGCGCUGAAAUUAUAGUCCUACUUCACAGCCAGCAAUACAGCACAGCUGUAAAAAGUAUAAAUGGAUUAUCAUCCUUACCUAACUAAUGAUUGCCUGAUUCACAUUUUCUCGUUUUUUCAAGAAGAUGAUUUAAUUCGAGCAUCAAUUGUCUGUAAGGAAUGGCAAGAAGCAGCCGAAACACCUUGGUUGUGGCGAGAAAUGUGUCUGCAGCGUUGGGGUUUCUGUAACAUUGCUGUGCUGGGCUCUGAACAUGGGAAGCAGGCUUGGAAGAGCUACUUCCUGCGUCGCUCUCACCUGGAGCAGAAGAUGACCAAGGGCAGGUCCGGUGGGGACUACACCUGUAAAAGCCUGAGGGGACACACAAGCAGGGUGGUUGGGUGUGUAUACCUGUCAGGGAACUCUCUCCAGCUCUCUGACUUCUGGAGCUGCACCCCUACUGUCUGCAGUUCAUCCUUGGAUGGUACAGUCCGUGCCUGGGACGUCCAGCAGGGGGUGCAGCUGUGGUGCAGCCCUGUUCAGAGUCCUCUGACUGGGAUGGUAGCUGAUGGCAGGCAGGGCGGGGUCAUCACGUCAGAUUCCACAGGGCUGCUCAAAGCCUGGGAUGGUCAGAGUGGACAGGAGAUAUCCUUCUACUCCUCAGCAUCCCCACAGUGCACCUUGCUGACCUACAGUAUGGAUGGCAGCUCUUUUCUCUCAGUGGGGACCAGUCAAGGCUCUGUCCAUACUCUGUCUAACCCCUCACUGUCAAAGCUGUCCAGUCUGGUGGUGUGUGACACAUUCAAAGUCAACCUACUCCUGGCAUCGCCAGACAAGAAAUGGAUCCUAGCUGGAACUAAAGGGAAUAUGGAUAUGAGCCCAAAGGUGGUGUCCAGUCAGAGUGUGACGAGUCCCUCUGAGGAGGAGGAUCCUCUGUGCCAGUGUCUGCCUGUCUCAGGCUGCAGUGCUGCUACCUUCCUGCCCUCCCUGCCGGCCAGACUGGCCACGGUCCACUGCAAGGACCACUCACACACGCAUCACAACAAGGUCCUCUCUGUGUUUGACAUCAUCAUAAAAAAGACCCGAUUCAAGUCAGAGAUCCAGGGUAAAGUGUCAAUUGAGCAGGUGGAGAAAUUUGAGUUGGUAUUUGAGGGCAGGACCUCGGAUAUCCUUCUGGAGGGGAAGGGAAGCAGCACUCUGGUUAUAGCUGCUCACAGAGAGCUGAAGGUCUAUACUGUGAAAGGAGAACUCAUCUGUAGCUUCAAGGACCAUACUGAACCUAUCUGCUCUAUUUGUGUGGAUAGUUUCCGUGUAGUCACUGCUUCUCGGGACCUAUCCUUAAGAGUGCUGACUUGGAAAACUGACAGAGACAAAGGGCUCACCCUGGAAAGUCGAUACCACUUACUGGGAGGCUCUCACUCCAUGUCCAGAGGGUUCAGUAAUGUGGUCUGUGAUUACUCAACCAUUGUGGCCUCAGUGGAAGCAGUGGAUGGGAAGGAUGUCCUGAAGGCCUACUCUUUCAACUCCUGAGCAACACUGCCCUCUAGGAGGACUUCGCAGGUACUACAGCAGUUUGCAUCAGUCACAUAAAUUCAUUGUAAUAAUAAUAAUAAAAAUAAUAUGCCAUUUAGCAGACAUUGUGCAUGUUUAUGAGUAGUUUAAUCACUGAUGUUGUGCCUUGCCUUUCCAAACCCUCUGUUUAUGGAAUAGACAUUGUAAUCAAGAGUUAUCGCAGAUUUGUUUAUAUGUUAUGCGAAACAUGCACAUGCAAGUAUGACGGGGAAAAACAUUGCAGUUGACUGUGAAAGGAUACUUUAUUUUUGUGUAAUAACACAUUUCUGUACAGGAAUUAACUGAGCUGGCUUUAUGUGGAGCUAAGGUAUUUACAUUCCUGUGUUGGCUGUUACAUGUUCAAUAUAACCUACGUUUUUAGGGCAUUUACUGUAACAAAUACUCUACCUUGAUCUGCUUAACACAACCAAACCGUCAAUUUAAUUUAAACUCUCAAAUAAACUGCAUUUUCUUGG